AGGUAAGAACUAUUGAUAAAAUAUUAACACUACACUUAAAGGGCUUCACUAAAUGAAAUAAUAAAAAAUUAUCAUCAUUAUUGGUGAUAAAUCAAGGUUUGCACAAGAAAUCAACGUCAAGAUCUAGACAAUGUUAUAUUACAAGGAUUAGGAUCAAUCCACGUUUGUAGUUGUUGAAAACACACUGGAAACAUGAUUGGGAACUGGAGCGAAGGAAAAAUACUUGUAAGUUUUUGUAUAGCUUUUGUAUGGAACAUUGGGUUUGUUACAACACAGACAACCACAACUAAUUGUACAACAGGAGAAAUAAUAGUCAGUGAUUGGGACCCUGAUAUCGUCAAAGAUUACGAUGGAGACCCACCUGCGUAUAAAGAAACGUGGGACGUUGCCCUCAAAGUGACAUUCUACACCAUUGCUAUGGUGUUGGCGAUUCCAGGGAACAUUGUCGUAAUCAUAAUCAUAGCCAAGAGCAAGCGAAUGCGGACAAUGACAAACUUGUUUUUGGUGAAUCUUUCAAUAUCUGACCUAAUGGUGGCGCUGGUGUGUAUGUGGGCACAUAUGGGGGUAGGGAUUGCCCCAGAGUGGCCAUUUGGGUCAUUUGUCUGCAAGUUCAACUACUUUUGGCAAGUAAUUGCUGUAACAUCUAGCGUGCUGACGUUGACCUUAAUUUCUGGAGACCGUUUCUUUGCUAUAGUAUUUCCCUUGAAAGCAAGAAUGACAGAAAAACGGGCUGUAUUCUUAAUCAUCACAACGUGGAUCAUAUCUAUUGCUGUGGCAACCCCGCAUCUGUUCUCCAGGAGAAUGUUCCAGUUGAAUUGGAAGAACCGAGUGGAGACAUGGUGCACAGAAGACUGGCCAAAGGUUGCCCUCGGGAAAAUUGAUGGUACAUGUAAGUGGGACCAACCACAAAGGAGGAUAUACUACACAUGUUUUGUAGUGUUGAUGUACUUCAUACCUGUCAUUGUAAUGAUAGUGGCAUAUACCAUCAUUGUAUAUGCCCUGAAUAAGAAGAAACCAGGAGAACAAACACGUAGAUUGAUCACACAACACGAGACUGCACGAAAAAAGGUUGUCCGAUUAUUGCUGUCUGUUCUCUUGGCAUUUAUUAUAUGCUGGACCCCUCAACAAGUGUUCCUCCUGUAUGAUGUCUAUAGACCAGCAACAAAAUUACCCCAAUGGGUGUUCAGAGUAAAGUACUGGGCGUUAGCAUUGGCUUACUUCAACAGUUCUCUCAACCCCAUCAUAUACGCUGGACUGAACAGCAACUUUAGGAAAGGCUUCAUUGAGGCCAUUAGAUGCCGCCUUGUAGCAAAGAAUGUGAAAGUUGCACCUCUAGAUACAAUACAAGGCCAGAGUCAAACACAGACACAGACAACACGUCAUAAUGCAGUCCAACCAAUAACAAGUCAACACAAUGAAAAACAAAAAGUGAAAAUGGAGAUUCGGACAGAGGAAUGUAAUACUGUUGUGCGUACUGAAACAUUGAUGGUAGAUAAGGACAUGCUGGUUGAACAACCUAAUGAACAUGAUAACACAACUGUUAAAGAGCACCGAGAAAAUAAGAUAUUUGAGGUGGUCAUAACAGAUGAACAAAACAAGACAUCGUGAUCUCAAAGCAUUCAGGAUUGCCGUCAUCAGUUUUACCAACAUGUGUCAUAAGAAAAUAUGAUCAUCAGAUGUUCCUGGCCCACCCAACUCGAGACAUAGGGGAGGGAUAAUUGUAUAUAAAUGUAC